AUGACCUACCUUAUUGACAGCUACCAGCGGUUCCUGGCCAGUCCCAGGAACGCACCCCUGGCUACCAAUGCCACAUUGAUCUAUGUCCCUGUGACGACCAAGGUCGAAGGCGCCGAUGCGAUCGCGACUCACACGUCACGCCAAUCACAUAUUGUCAAGAAGACAUCCGACAAAGUGAUGAAUGCUAUUGAGAGCUCCGAUGCCCUGUGCUUGGAUAUGGAGACCACCCUGCACUUCGUCGAGGGCGGCGGCGUGUAUCUCCCUUCACUCGACGAUAAUUUCUUGGUCAAUCGCGUCGUCACCUUUCCUACGAUCCACAUUGUCCAAUUCAAUGCCGAACAGCAGAUUCAACAAGUGCGCAUUUAUUGGGACCAAGGCUCCCUCUUAAAGGAGGUAGAGGUGAUUGGCGCGCGGGGUCGAGUUUGGCCCAUUCGACCUGCGCAAGACCAGGUUCGACUCUUGAAGACGGCAAUUGCAGAGAAAUCGACGCCAACCCUCACAUCGACGACCGAAAACAAGACUGAUCUACCCACCCGACCUGCAUCACCAGGAAAGCGAUACAUUAAAGAUCCCUACGCCGCGGAUUCGCUCUUCGACUUGCUGUCCCCGAUCAAGGAUGAUCCCACGGCCGGCCAACUCCACGAGGCAUCCCAGUCGAAAUCAUCCAGCAAGAGAUAUACCCGUGAUCCCUACGCUGCCGAGUCCUUGACGGAAUUACUUUCUCCCAGCAAGCAAGAGGAGGCUCGCCGACACCCUUACGCUCAGGCAGCCGGACGGCCUCGGGCCCAUGACUACAACGAACUGUUCGUCGGGGACGACGAUGAGAUGCCAAGCACCCCAUCAAAAGCCGAGAAGACUGCUGAACCCAGAGUGGGUUCCAAGUUCCAACGCAAUCGCAUCUUUGGCAAUGAAGAAGAACAUGACGCCAAGGAUGCCCGUGCUCCAUACAAGACUGACCCCAAGAAAUUCAACCACUUUGAGAUCGGCGGUGAUAAUGCCGAGUUCGAGCUCAAGCAACAGCCGCAGCGCAGCAACCACUCGCGCCAGCAGUCACAGACCGACGCAAAUGACUUUUCUACUCCGCAAAAAUCGACCCGCGUCACUAAGACUGAGGAUGCACGCGGGUUCGGCUACGCUGAGAGUGAGGCAGACCUCCAGACACCGGUCUUUCGCCAAGCUGUGCACAAGCCCCGCCGAGAUGCAGAUAUUCACUUCGAUCUGACCGACGAUAACGAGGACGAGGAGAACGAGCGCCCAACCAGCUCUUACGAGAACAGGGGCAAAGGGCUUUAUGAGAACCGGCUGUUCGAUGAUGAAGGUACCCCCAAGGCCGAUGAAGUCCUCGGCGUCACUGGUAACAAAGCGAGCCGUCUCAGCCACCUGGAGUCACAUUGGGAACCAACGGACGAGUCACCCGUGUCGAACAAGACCAAAGAUGAUGGCCAGAAGCCCAUUCCCUUGGAUCGGGCCCGCGCUGUUCAAAUGAUGGAGUCAUCCUGGGACAAGUAUGACCAGUCUCCUGAACCGAUUCGAAAUGCCACUGCUUUGCACAAUCCCUCGCGUCACAAUCAGCCCUCAUGGACGAUUGGAGAUGACUAG